GUGUGGCGCUCUCAGGGCCGUUACGCGAUUUUCGCUCCCGCGGGCAGCGCCUCUCAGGCCACCCCCGAGGGACCCCGAGGACGCACUCGGGCCCCAGCGCGACGGUUCAAACGGGCCAGUGUGCGCCGCCGGGGUCCCCCGGCCCCUGCAGGGCUACCUGGGGCAGAGCCGCGGAGGGUCUCCGUUCCUAGACGUCCUCCUACCCCGGGCGGCCUGAGUCCUCGCCAGCAUCCGCCCUCUCCCACUCCCAUCCUUCCUGGAUCCACCUCUCGGUUCCCGAGGGACAGUCCCGACCGCAAACCCACGUAGAGUAAGGAAUGUGGAAGGGACAGGCGACAGAAGUGGCAUACGCUCCUGCGUUAUCCCUCCGUCUGGCCACACCUUGUGUCUCCAUCUCUCGCCCCUUCCUUCCCUCCGUCUGUCAUCUGUCAUCCCCUGUCGCUCUAAGACCAGGAUUCCAAUUCGCCUAGUGAGGAAUCUCACUAGGGAAAUUUAUCGCGACAUCAUAAAUUAACGGGUUCAUUUUGACUGAAAAAGCGAAGGACUUUUUUCAGGCAGAAAACAAGUCUCGUCUGGUCGGAUGUGAUCUUCAUGGUGGAAAGCUAAAUUUUAAAACCACCCCAAUGGAUGCAGACAGUGAUGUUGCAUUGGACAUUCUAAUUACAAAUGUAGUCUGUGUUUUUAGAACAAGAUGUCAUUUAAACUUAAGGAAGAUUGCUUUGGAAGGAGCAAAUGUAAUUUAUAAACGUGAUGUUGGAAAAGUAUUAAUGAAGCUUAGAAAACCCAGAAUUACAGCUACAAUUUGGUCCUCAGGAAAAAUUAUUUGCACUGGAGCAACAAGUGAAGAAGAAGCUAAAUUUGGUGCCAGACGCUUAGCCCGCAGUCUGCAGAAACUAGGUUUUCAGGUAAUAUUUACAGAUUUUAAGGUUGUUAACGUUCUGGCAGUGUGUAACAUGCCAUUUGAAAUCCGUUUGCCAGAAUUCACAAAGAACAAUAGACCUCAUGCCAGUUACGAACCUGAACUUCAUCCUGCUGUGUGCUAUCGGAUAAAAUCUCUAAGAGCUACAUUACAGAUUUUUUCGACAGGAAGUAUCACAGUAACAGGGCCCAAUGUAAAGGCUGUUGCUACUGCUGUGGAACAGAUUUACCCAUUUGUGUUUGAAAGCAGGAAAGAAAUUUUAUCAUUCACCACUUAAUUGGUUAGAAUCUCUAACUGAGCACCUUUUAAACCUGCUGCACAUUGGACUCAAAAGGAAAACUGGACCAACAGUAAUUGAGGAAAUAGACUCUUUUAUUCAUUCACGGCUACAGUGUAAGCUCCAGUCCCUUUGGAUUUUAUUCCAAACCUUGCUGUAAUAUAAAAGGAAGUUUACAAGACAUGACAUUGCUGCUUUUACAAAAGGACAUUCUAUUUAUUUUCGCAGUAAUUCUCAUGUCCCCAUAAGCAGAGCUGUCACAGUGUGCACUACCUUAGAUUGUUUUAUUGUUGUCAUUGUAAUUUUUUUCCAUUUUGAGCUAAUGUGUUUUAUUUGUGAAUAGUCUUUUACAUUUUUGUAUGCUGAAUAUGGGCACCAAAGAACCUGUAAAAGUUAUCUUUUUCAAUUGAAUGUGCACAAAUAAAAGUUUGGAAAAGAUCUCUCUUCAUAUCCAUUCUAUAACUUUUAUUCCCCAUUUUCUAUUUUAACAAAAAUUGUAUUCAUACUUCUUUUUUUUAAAAUCUAUGCAAGCUUAAGACUUCAGCUAAAGUGUGUUGGCUUCUUUUUGAAGUGUAUUUUGUGUGUGUGGGUGUAUAUAUAUAUAUGCGCCACAUGUGUAUAGUAUCUUUUAAUGCUCUGUUACCAAAUAACAAAUAGGAAUUUUUUUUCUUGCAGAUUAGAAAUAAAAACGUGUAUAUAAACUCUAGGGAACCAGACUAGAAGUUUAUAGAUAAAGGAUAAUGUUUUAUGUUGCUAAUUUAAUAUGAUAGAAAAUGUUAAAUAACUUGUAAAGGUUAAGAAAUUGUAGUUUUAAGAAGAGAAACCUCUUACCCACUAGAUGGAAAUGAGAAAGAAGCUGUGAUGAAUGGUGCCUCAUUUGGACCUUUGUUUUUCUGGAAAGACUCAACACCUGUAGUUGUAGAGAAGUGAUUGAGGUUCUUGACUUUAAUCUUGGGUUGGUGCCCAAGCCUACACUAAGAGUCUUGUCAGAAGUUGGUAACAUGGAGAUGUUUUAACAAGAAGUGCCCAUAAGCUGCCUCUGUGCCACAAUGUAAUUGUCAAAUAGCCCCACUUGAAUUUGAAAGCCAUUUUGUGCGAUACUGUCCUUCCCCUUGCUGUAUCUUAUUUAAUGGAGUUAAAGAGUGACUAUUCAGUAUAUGAGAUUGCUACUCUUAAAGUUAUAAUAAAUACGCAUUUAUGAAACAGUGUCUCUGGCUCACCCAGGAGCCCUGAUGUGGUAAUACAGGAUCAAGCUGUAGUUGUGCCCUGUCAUUUAGGUUUAGGAGUUUAGUGUAACCAACAGUGAUUAUACCUAGAAAUAAAGCUGAGUGGAGAGUCCAAUUAGCUUCUCAGGAGAAACUUAAUGGAGACAAUAUUCCAACACAAUGUUCCACAAAAACUCGUAUUUCCAAAAUGUUUUUAAACCUUUGUGGAAAAAUUGCAACAUCCUAACCUCCAUAUAUAGUACAUUUUCCUUACUGUAUUAUAAAAUCUUGAAAACUUAGCUUAGGCACUGCACUGAACAACACAUAGUUUUUAUCUUUUUUCUUCUCAAUGCCUUCCCUAACCUGCUUCUUAUUCCAAAGUGGAAAGCAAAGGCUAACUUACAUUUUUCCUUCUUGUGAAAUAUUUCAUUGUGAUUUUUAGACUUUUAUUUUUCCUUUUUUUUUAAAGUGUUUAUUUCCUUUAAGAUUCAGUAGGAUAGCCAAACUCAUAGAGAAUAAAAUUACAUGAAAGAGUUACAAGCUCACUGUUUUAAAGACUUGACAUUUUUCAUUUAGUUUUAAUUAACAGUAAUAAGUCACCUCCUGUUUUGCAAUGUUCACCAAAAAAAGAAACAUAGAAUAGGGGGAAAACAUGCUUAUAUAGCCAAGGUACAUAUCCAGAUGAUGUAACCUUUUUAGUAUUUGCAUGACUUGAAAACUGGGCAGAUCGAUAGCUAAUCGAAGUGCUUUAUCUGAAGGGAGAGGGUAAAGACAGUGUGACCAGGUUUGUUUUCAGGGCUGCCGAGUGAGCCUCACCUAACAGUCUCCAUGGGUAAUUCGCUAACCUUAACAAAGAUGGGAAGAAGUGAGUGCUCUGAUGUCUUCUGCGGGCUCUCCAUAAGUACUGUAAAUUUUUUUAAUAAAUAAAAACUGAAUAUAUAUGUA